CUGGCAAGGAGCUAUACAGCAUAUACAGCAUAUGCAGCAUCUUCUAGUUGUAUAUCUGUUCUAGAUCUCCUCCCUUUGUCUUUGUUUCCGUCUUGCGGAACGGAACACCAACUACUACCACAGCCCUACCGACCUAAAGCCAAGACGGCACCCUAACCAAAUUAACUUUUGGAAUUACCUAUCAGAAAAUAGCUUGAGCUGAGCUCCUUAAAGAGCCGACUGGGCUUCUCAAUCUUAUUUUUCUUUCUUCCAUUCAUCAUUUUGUAUCCCUAUCAUCACCACCCUCUUCUCCGAAGUCAUGGCGAAAUUCCUUCGUCGCCACCAGGAACAUGAUCCCCCGAUAGGAGAGAUUCCCGUUCCCCACGGUCCCGUAACUGGUGACGAGCACCAGCACUACCCUCGGAGAUCUUCAGCUCAUUAUGCGACCGACUACGAGAGGCAAAUCUUCCUACACCUGACGCAUCCCGAUGACUCCUAUACGGAAGACGGUGUCUAUUGGGCUGAUCUGCCCUUUUGGAAGCGCCUCUCAUUCGUCACUAAGGUCGACAGGGCUGAAAGCUUAACCGAAGCCAAGACUAUCUGGGCGAUGAUUAAAGAGGAUCCCCUUAGCCCAGUCUCUUGGUAUUUCAGAAACGCCAUCCUACCCGGUGCCGGUCUGGGCUUGGAAGGAUACGUACUCUUCUCCAUUGGAAACCUAGAGCCCCUAUUCAGCGCAGUAUGGGGAACAUGCUGGGGAAAGCAUGGUACCGAGUGUACCAGAAAUUGGGUGGCCGCCGUGACAUACCUUGAGAUUAUCGGUAUCAUGGUCGGUCAAGUGUUUGUCGGAAUUAUCGGUGAUUGGAUCGGUCGACGAUGGGGUUUGAUUCAAGACGCCGUAGUCAUGUUGCUCGGUCUCAUCUUGUUGACUGGAUCUUGGGGCAUGACGCUCCAGGGUUGGGUCAUCAUGUAUGCAUGGUCUUUGUUCGUCUACGGUAUCGGAGUCGGUGGCGAGUAUCCCAUCACAGCUACAUCGUCCAUGGAAAACGCGGUUUCGGCCGGAAGGUUGUCGACUAGAGAUGAUCGUCUUCACCGCGGAAGAAAAGUUACGAUGGCUUUCUUGAUGCAAGGCUGGGGUCAAUUCGUCAACCAGGUUGUCCUUAUUGUCCUCUUGGUGAUCUUCAACCGUGGAAGCGGCAGCCCUCCUUACUCCACGACCGCGGCGCAGUAUGCCUUCCGCUUGUCUUUCGCCUUCCCAGCCGUCGGCACGUUAUGGCUUUGCUACUACCGUACUUGGAAGAUGAAGUCCGCGAGCAAGCACCUCGAAAAGGCUAAGAAGAAGGCAAACGUAACCGGAUACGAUGUUCGAUCCCUCAAAAUGACAUGCAGCAACUUUGGCGGACGUUUAUUAGCCACUGCCGGCGGAUGGUUCUGCAACGAUGUCUUCUUCUACGGCAACAAACUAUUUCAGAGUCAAUUCAUCAACGUCAUUUCUGAUAACCCUUCAUCCAUCAUGACCACUUGGACUUGGAACUUGGUCAAUGUGGUUGUCUCUCUUGCCGGUUACUACGCGGCAUCUAUGUUGAUUGACAACAAGAUGUACGGUAGAAAGACUAUGCAACAGGUUGGCUUCUUGAUGUGCUUCAUCAUGUUCGUGGUCCCAGCAUUCAAUUACCAAUAUUACACUAGCCCAGCGGGUAUUCGCGCGUUCCAGGCAAUGUACUUUUUGUCAUCCUUCUUCAACCAAUUUGGUCCCAACUCGGUCACUUUCCUCGUCGCUGGAGAAGUUUUCCCCACUCAAAUUCGCGCCAGUGCCCACGGUUUCUCGGCCAUGAUCGGCAAGGCCGGUGCUCUCUUAGCGUCGGUGCUAUACAACUACAUUGACAACCAGACCAAGUUCUACGUGGUCCCUUGGUUCGGUCUCGCCGGCAUGCUCAUCACCUGGUUAUGGCUCCCCGACACUACUGGCCUUGAUCUCAAGGAGCAGGAGCGCCGGUGGCAAUAUAUCCUCGAAGGUCGCGAUACCGAGUACCAUGGCAUUGCCAUCCACCCUCAGCAUCUUUCCAUCUGGGAGAGAUGGACUGGUGUUGGAAAGAACUACCACCCUGAUCUGGACACCAAGGCUAAGAUUAGAGAUAUCCGCGCCGACUGGGAGGAGAGAGAAGCGAACAGAACGGCAAGUGACGAGGAAGCGUCGACGCCUUUGGAGGUUGACGAAGAUUUCACAAAUGAGAUUUACGAGUACUUCAAGGGUGCUAGAACUACCGGCAGCGAUAACUCACUUAAGGGCGAGAAGCUCAAGGGCGUGAACAGGAGCAGACCUGCUACAAGUGAUAAGACGCUGGAAGAUGUUACUCUUAAUGAGAAGAACGAGUCAUCGUCGUCAACUUAAAAGGGUGUGAUGUGGGAUAUGGGCUCUUCGUCAUGAAAGGAGAUGUAUGGAUAAAUGCAUAUAUGGGAUUUGAGAUGCAUGAUUAUAUUGAAUCGAUAGCGCGGCGUUUUGGAAUGAGAGAACAGACAUUCGAAUCAUAGAUUUGAUGAAUAUUUUGCAUUGAAGUGAUGUAGGUUAAUUGAGUAACUAUUAAAAUAUCUUCCUUUUAC